UUGGGAAGUGUGAAGGCAGAGGGACCGCUGAUCUCUAGGAAAAGGAGACACUUCCUCAGCUUAAAAAAGAGAGAUGAGUAACACAACUAUCGUUGAUGAGACCAUUGCCAACGCCAGUUUAUUGGAAUGCGUCUUCCAAGCAGACUUUCAGUAUUCCUUCUUCACGAUUGUCUACAGUACGGUCUUUGUCCUGGGCCUCCUGGGGAAUGGGGCUGCCCUGCACCUCCUGACCUGCCAGGCCAUCAGCUUGCCUCGCUCCUACAUCUACCUGGUCAACUUAGCCGUGGUGGACACCCUGUUUGUCUGUGUCCUGCCUUUCAAGAUCCAUUACCACCUCAACCGGAACAACUGGAUCUUUGGGGACAUUGCCUGCCGGCUGACAGGGUGCAUGUACUUCCUCAACAUCUACCUCAGCAUUGCCUUCUUCACCUGCAUCUGCCUUGACCGCUACGUGGCUGUUUUGCACCCUUUUGUGUACAUCAGGAUCAAGAGCGCCCACUAUGGGCUAGUGGCUGCGGUCCUCUGGGUGACGGCGGUGAGCAUCGCCGCCCCGCUGGUCCUUGGGGGCCCACUCAACUUCAACCGGAGCAACGCGACCGUCUGCUUCGAGAGUUUUGGGCUGGAGGAGUGGACCGGGCGCAUGAUGCCCUACAACGUCUGCGCGCUGAUAUUUGGCUUUGUGAUCCCUUUUGGGGUCAUCCUGAUCAGCUACCCUCUGAUUGCCCGGCGCAUCUCUCGCAUCCCCCGCAGCGCCCGCAAGAGGAAGGCCCUGGGCACCAUCUACCUCAUCCUCUUCAUCUGCGCCACCUGCUUCCUCCCAUACCACCUCACCCACCUGCUGCACUUCCUCAUGCGGGCUGGGCUGAUCAGAGACUGCCACUUUGCCGUUGCCAUAUACAGGAUGCGCCGCAUCACUCUGGCCUCGGUCAGCUUCAACUGCUGUCUGAACCCCAUCUUGUACUACUUCACCUCAGCCAGCAGGCGGUGCCGCUGGAGACUUCCCUUCAGGACCAGAGCCACAAAAGUCUACACCAUCUGUGGCCGUCGAGGCGACGCUUGCGCACCCAAGCUACGCAUUGCCGGACCAAGGCAGAAGGAAAGGAGGCAGCAGGUUCAGAUGAUAUCGGUGAGAAACCCAAGGAACUUUAACUGAAACUGUAGAGGGCUUUGUGCAGGAGGGGUUAGCUUUAUGUAUCCUUAAGAUUUUUGAAGGGGACUGCGGCAGGGUGGAGGGA